CAGCUUUUGCCUUGUUAUUCCUCUUUCAAUUUCGUUGCUGUAAAUUAUUAGUACAUCUUGAAUUUAUUGUUGAAAGUUGAGUUUGUUGCUGAAAUUAUGAUUAGCUAAUGUUAAUUUGCUGUAAAUCAUAUUUGGAGAAUUGGAGUUUUUUUUGGUUGCUCCCUGAAAGUUAUCAUAGUUUAAGUUUUUGUUGCUGCCUGAAAGUUGUCAUAGUUAUCAUAGCUGAAUUUGUUGCUAGAAUUCUAGAAGUAGAAUUUGUUGUCAGCUAUAAGUUGAAUUUGAUGCUGAACAUAUCAUAAAUGUGGUUGUUGCUGAAAGUAAAAUUUGUUGCUGGAUAACUGAGUUGAGUUGAAUUUGUUACUGAACCUUGUUGUGUUGCUUAAAAAAUGCUAAAUCUUUUGUUGGUGUAUGUUAAGGGAUAAGAGAUAAGAGAGUUGGUCAGUAACAAAAUUAGUUUGGUAUAGUUAGUUAGGGUUUGUUAUUCUGAUCUCUAAUCUUUCUCUCUUUUCUAACUCUGUUAUAAAUGAAGCUCUUGCAUCCCUCUAAGAGGUAUGUAGAAUUGAUUUAUUGAUGGAAGAAUAAGAUGAAGUUAAUUUAGUUUGCUAGUUUCUUGUAGCUCUCUCUUCAAACUCUUCUUUCUUUGUUUCUGAUGUUCUGCAUAACGCAGUGUUUCUUAUGGAAGAUAUAGAUGCAAAUCAAAAUGAGGAAAAUGUUGAUCAAGCUCCAAAUUUGUCCUAUGAAGAUAUAUAUGUCGAAUUUAAGAUCACUUGGACUUGAUUUAUCGAUUGUGGGCCUGACCUUGACCUUGAGCUAAGCGUCGUUCUGGUUUUGGGCCUUAUUGGUGGGUUCUUGCAAUCCUAGGCGUCGGUAUCAAGAAUCAACAGAAUCUUUCUUCUCGUUGUUGACGGUUAACCACGGCCGCACCUCCUCUGCGCUGGCGAAGUUCCCUGCCACGCUUGGCUGCUUCAUUUUUUGCGACACAGACACCAUAUGGAUCUUCUGCGCGACGCAUAUUACCAUGCCUCAGACGACGAAGAUCAGCCCAAACGUCAGAGGCUAUCACUCUCGUCUUCUUCUUCUUCUUACCCUCCAAAACCCUAUUUUCCUCCAACUCCUUCUCCAUCUUCUUCUCUCAAUCCAAAUCCCAUUCCUGGAAGCUAUGUUUCAAAGAGACAACGAGCACUUCUCGCUCCUCUCCCUGACCCUGACCCUAUCCCUCUCCCGCUUCACUCUUCGUCUACACAUUCUGCCACAGGAAGUAUCUCAGAUGCUGAUAUACCACGUAAUGUUUUAUCAUUACUGAAAAACAAACCGAAGUGUCAUCAAAGCCUGAAUCCGAUGCCCGAAAAGCUAUCUGCGGCUCUAUGUGGGCAUACCAAAGCCGUCAAUGCUAUACAUUGGUCAUCAACUCAUGCUCAUCUCCUGGCAUCUGCUGGGAUGGAUCAUACGGUUUGCAUUUGGAAUGUAUGGAGCAGAGAUCAGAAGAAGGCACGCAUGUUGAACUUCCACAAUGCAGCGGUGAAAGAUGUGAAAUGGUCUCCACAAGGGCUCUUUCUACUUUCAUGUGGGUAUGAUCAUACAUCGAGAUUGAUCGACGUUGAAAAGGGAUCAGAGACUCAGGUUUUCAAAGAAGAUCAAGUUGUUGGAGCUAUUAAGUUCCAUCCGAACAAUUCAAAUCUUUUCCUUUCUGGGGGAUCACAGGGCCAUAUCAAACUAUGGGAUAUCAGAACUGGAAAAGCAGCGCAUAACUAUACUCGGAAUUUAGGUCCUAUUUUGGAUGUUGAGUUUAUGGUGAACGGGAAGCAAUUCAUUUCUUCUAGUGAUGUAUCUAGGAGCAAUGUCAGCGAGAACUCUAUCAUUGUUUGGGAUGCUUCAAGGGAGGUUCCGUUGUCUAAUCAGGUUUAUGCAGAAGCUUAUACUUGUCCGUGUAUAAGGUGCCAUCCAUUUGAUUCGACUUUUGUUGCCCAAUCAAAUGGGAAUUACAUUGCUAUUUUUACUGCCACCCCGCCUUACAGACUCAACAAAUAUAAGCGGUACGAGAGCCAUGGUGUCUCUGGCUUUCCAAUUACUUGCAACUUCAGCUUGGAUGGGAAGAAGCUUGCCUCUGGGUCUUCAGAUGGUUCUAUUUACCUUUACGAUUAUCAGUCAUCAAAAGUUUUAAACAAAAUCAAGGCCUACGACCAAGCAUGCAUCGAUGUCACCUUCCACCCUGCUCUACCUAACGUUAUCGCUUCGUGCUCAUGGGACGGAAGUAUUUCUGUGUUUGACUUGCAAACAUAAAAACUGGAAGGAGUGCACAGUUUUUGGUUUCUUUGAGUCAAUGUAGUGGUUCCUGUUUUGUUAUAACUAAUGGUUUGAACGGUGAAACCUCUCAGGUUUUAUUUCUUGAGAGUUGUGUUUUUUUAAUUAUUCUACCUUUCAGAUUGGGUUUAUUGUGUAUUCCAUUACAGAUUAGAUCAAGGUGAAUCAUAUGUUGUUUAAAGAACUGUUCAAAAGUAUUUGCCUCAAGUGAGAAAUCAAUGACUAAACUCUAAUGAUGUGACAGAUUCUUGUUCUGAAUAGUAUAGCAACUACAAAUAUUGGAAGAGAAUUAUUUAAUUAUUUGUUU